GGGUGGGAGCAGCUGAGCCAGAGGCAGAGGCCGGGCAGGGGCAGAGGAGGGCCGGCGAGGAGAGCUGGGAGCGCAGUCGGGGCACUGGAGACACGCUGUCGACACAGGACCCCCGCUCAGAGCCCACGCUGGGGAUGGACCCCGUCGAGGACACGCUGCGGCGGCUGCGGGAGGCCUUCGGCUCGGGGCGGACUCGGCCGGCAGAGUUCCGGGCGGCGCAGCUCCAGGGCCUGGGCCGCUUCCUGCAGGACAACCGGCAGCUGCUGCUGGACGCGCUGGCCCAGGACCUGCACAAGUCGGCCUUCGAGGCGGACAUGUCGGAGUUCAUCCUGUGCCAGAAUGAGGUGCACCUGGCCCUCAGGAGCCUGCACACCUGGAUGAAGGACGAGCCGGUAGCCACGAACUUGCUCACGAAGCUGCACUCAGCCUUCAUCCGCAAGGAGCCCUUCGGCCUGGUGCUCAUCAUCGCGCCCUGGAACUACCCGCUGAACCUGACGCUGGUGCCCCUGGUGGGGGCCAUCGCUGCAGGGAACUGCGUGGUCCUGAAGCCAUCGGAAAUCAGCAAGGGCACCGAGAAGGUGCUGGCCGAGGUGCUGCCCCGGUACCUGGACCAGAGCUGCUUUGCCGUGGUGCUGGGCGGGCCUGAGGACACCGGGCGGCUGCUGGAGCACAGAUUUGACCACAUCCUGUUCACAGGGAGCCCCCGUGUGGGCAAGAUCGUCAUGGCCGCCGCUGCCAAGCACCUGACACCCGUCACCCUGGAGCUGGGGGGCAAGAACCCGUGCUACGUGGACGACGACUGUGACCCCCAGACCGUGGCCAACCGCGUCACCUGGUUCCGGUACUUCAACGCCGGCCAGACCUGCGUGGCCCCGGAUUACGUCCUGUGCAGCCCCGAGACCCGCGAGCGCCUGCUGCCUGCCCUGCAGAACGCCAUCACCCGUUUCUAUGGCGACGACCCCCAGAGCUCCCCCAACCUGGGCCGCAUCAUCAGCCAGAAGCAUUUCAAGCGGCUCCAGGGACUGCUGGGCUGUGGCCGGGUGGCCAUCGGUGGCCAGAGCGACGAGAGCGAGCUCUACAUCGCGCCCACUGUGCUGGUGGACGUGCAGGAGACGGAGCCCGUGAUGCAGGAGGAGAUCUUUGGGCCCAUCCUGCCCCUGGUGACCGUGAGGAGCCUGGAUGAAGCCAUCGACUUUAUCAACCGGCGGGAGAAGCCCCUGGCCCUGUACGCCUUCUCCAACAGCUCCCAGGUGGUGAACCAGGUCCUGGAGGGGACCAGCAGCGGCAGCUUCGGUGGCAACGAAGGCUUCAUCUACAUGACUCUGCCAUCCCUGCCCCUGGGUGGAGUGGGCCACAGCGGGAUGGGCAGGUACCACGGGAAGUUCUCCUUUGACACCUUCUCGCACCACCGCGCCUGCCUGCUGUCCCCCUCGGGCCUGGAGAGGCUCAACAGGAUCCGCUACCCGCCCUAUGGCCAUUGGAGCCAGAAGCUGAUACGGUGGGCCCUGGACUCGCAGAGCUGCACCCUUCUCUGAGCCCUGCCCACCUCCAGCACCCACCCACCCUGCAUUCUGCUGCCCACCCUGGGCUGCCGGCCGCUACCCACAGGCCAGGGGUCCCUGAAAGGCAGGUGACCAGUCCGAGGCGUGAGGACCCCACUGCUGGGGCUCUCUCUGAACAGACCUCUGGACAGCUGGCCAGUCGCUUUCUGUACCAAAGUCCCUCUGCACCCUCUGACUGGAGGGGUCUGGGGUCUCCCCGAGGCCGGGCAGACGCUGGAGCUGAUGAGGGCUUCAGUGAGAUCCAUAAAGGUGGCUCUGACCCCCCUCCAGGGUCCAGAGUGUGAGUGUGCUGAACUGCCGUCCUGCCAUCUGCUGUCCCCCGAG